AACAAAUUCAGUAAACGGCAUUGAACGUUUACAACAUAAUAAUGUAAUUAUAUAAAAAAACAAUCAGUAAUGAUAAGAAUAGAUAAUUUCCCACUGCGACUGAACGACGUACUCUCAAAUCCCAAUGUAGAUUGUAGCUGACUGUUUAAUUGAGAGAUGAGUCAUUCAAUACACACAAUGCAGUGCCAAACAUUUAAAAAAAUCAGUUGUUUGCAGUUUGCACGUUCGCUGACGGUUGUUUUCUUUGUUCCAACGAAUAUCUGUGAUGUUGUUAACGAGUGAAAUAUUGUAGUAAAAGUUUAACAUUGUAAAUGAACGUGCCAACUAAGUAGAGUGUAGAAUUGUGAAAUGGAUAAUCCACUGCCUUCGCCACGUUCGAAAGAAUUGAAAAAGCCUGUCCCGACGCCGAGGAGAAGUAUCGCAAAGAAUAAUUUAGAAAAAAUCGCAGAGAACGCAUCGAAUGCUAAAGAAGAAGAUAGGAAAAGCGCUGUCGUGGGCGGCGAUGAUAAUUCUAAUCGGAUAGAUAUUCACUAUCAAGAAAUCCAAGAAAAAUGCAGAUUAGAUAAUGCAGACGUAAACACCAAUAUUGAGGAAAAUACAAAUAAUACAUUGACAAAAAGGGUAAGUUCCGUAUCGAAGAAAGUAGCCGAUGACAUCCACCAGCUGGUGCAAGACAGGAAAAGGGCCGUCAUAGAAGGCACCAGGCAAAGCGUACGAAGGAUAACCAGACGCUUCAGCUCCACCUCGCAAGAUCAAACCGCCCCCGAAGAAAUCGAACAGCCCAAAGGCGACGAGGCCAGCAUCAGCCUGUUCAGUUCCAUCACCUUCAGCUCCCCCCUAUCCCGCACCGAAAACAUUUACAACAACGUCGACAGCGAAACGCCGUCCUCGUCGUCCGAAGAAAACCUCAUAGGCCUGCCGCCGCCCAGGCACCCGCCCCCGCCGCCACCCGACGAGUCCCUCUACGACGAGCCUCUGUCCUUGUGCUCGAGCAGCAACUCGGGCCAUUCGAGCCACUCGAAGGCCAAGCCCGAGAACUACGAAAGCGUGUUUCCCGUUUACUCGGGCGACCACAACGAAAAACCCAAAUUCGAUGUCGACCGGUCGAACGUCCUAUCGAGAUCGGAUUCGUGGAAGUUCUACGAUAUCGUAUCGCCCAAAGACGAGCGCGUCGCGGAUAAGUUCGAUGAAAACGAGGAGAUCGAGCACGAUUCCAACGUGGAUGUAUCGAGUUCUUCGAGCGUCCGGAGCCUGGACGGGACGCCGAGCCUCAGGAGCAACGCCUACGAGAACCACGAGAUCCUGGCGAAGGCGCCGGCGCGGCCGCCGCGGCCCUCCAAGAGCGUCAUACUGCAAUUCGAUCCGCUCAAUUCGCCGGAAAAAACCGAGUCUCAUUCGCCGGGUAAAAACGACAUCAAGCUGCUGGAGGAGCUGCUGCAGGGCGACCUCUACGGCAACCUAUCUAACGCGCACAGCAUCGACGAAUGGAGCAUCUCCAACGAUUCGGAGAGCGAGGACGUGCUGAGCCCGCCGACGCCGCCGAUCCGCGUCGACUCGCUUCCCGAAGACGAGCCCCAGGAGCCCGAGAAAUCGGCGCCGAAAUCCAAGUCGAAUUGGUUCUCGGACGUGACGGUGACCCGGCAAAAUUCCACGGCGGAGAGCAAGAAAACCAGCUGGUUCAGGCAGGUGAAGGAAGUCCUGGAGAAGGCCCCGGAAGUCGUCAGGGGCAUAAAGAACAGGGACAGCGUGGUGGAGAGGGCGGCCAUAGGCGUGAACAAGUGCGUGCAAAAGAGAGGCAUGCUGUAUAAAGUACAAAACGGGCCAGUGGAGGAUUUGUUCGGCGAAUACAGCGGAAGGUGGUGCAUCUUGGAGAAUUCUAGUCUGUUGUGUUACUCCGACAAUACUUGCCAGCACUUGAAGGAACAUUUCCCGGCGCAAAACAUCCUCAGCAUUCAGCUAUUGCAAGAUAAGAAAUACAACUACAGAUACGACAACGAUGACUUGUACUGUUUCGAAUUAAACACCACGGGUAAGACGCGAGGGGGCCACAUCUACGGCACGAGGAACGUCUCCGAGCGCAGAAUAUGGAUCCAAUUGAUCUCCGAAUCGUUGACGAACAGAUUCACAUCGAAAAUCACCACUAACAUUUCGAGAAUGGGCUGGGCGUACGUCCGAGAAGGCGUGAGCGGCAAAUGGACCGGCGCUUGGAUCGUGUUGAGCCAGAGAGAAUUAUCUUACGCUAUAGACGGGCAAAACGUGAAGUCUAUGGAUUUGAGGAAAGCCCGAUGCAUCGUACUACAACCGUAUUUGGAUACCGAUAAUAAUCCACGAACUAAUGAUAAAGGUCCCAAUAUGCUUAUAGAUUCUCCGGAUGUUGUUGUGUAUUUAAGAAUGUGGACUUCGAGAGAAACUAAGGUUUGGUGUCACAUAGUGAAACUCGAAGCGCACAAUAACGGAGCCAAUUUAGAUCAACAGCAGCUCACUAAAAACGAUGUUCCUGUAAUAGUAGAGAAAUGCAUCAAUUUCAUAUACGCUCACGGCAGCAUGACCGAAGGUAUCUACCGUAGGCCCGGGCAAGGUUCCUCGGUUUCCGAGCUGCUAUCGAAAUUUAGGAAAGACGCUUUCGCCGUGCAGUUAACCACAGAUCUUUGUAACGAACACGAAGUGGCCACUGCGUUAAAGAGGUUCUUCAGAGACCUGCCGGAGCCACUUUUGGGCGCCAACCAGCGCCAAUACCUGUACGAGGUCUCCAAACACAACAAUCGCGACGAAAAGAUUAGAAUGUACAAAGCCUCUUUGGAUCAGUUGUCCGUUAUAUCGUAUAAUACCACGCGAAAGCUAAUGGGACAUCUUCAUUUCAUCAGUACUCAAAGUGCCAAAAAUUUAAUGACCGCCGAGAAUCUUGCCAGUAUUUGGGGCCCCACGUUGCUACAUUACGAAGAUCGAGAUGUUAUACCUAACGUGAAUUUCAACCAUCAAUUAGACACUGAAGUGGUGCACCAAUUGAUUACAUUGUAUCGAUACAUAUAUCCAGAGGAUCCAGGCGAAUUGGAAAGGGAAAAGCACAUGUUGAAGGUGUUGGAGAAGUACACGAAAGCUCCCCAAGGGAAUAUAUGCAACAAAACGGCCGGUGAUUUGCGCAUUUGGGUGUACUUGCACAAUAAAGAAGGAAAAUCGUUCAACGUUUCUAUCGGUCCCAAUAAAACGGCGUACGAUUUAUGCAAGGAACUCUGCGAUCAAAUCAAACUUCCCGUGCACGAGUUGGUCAUCGAAGAGAUCAUUCUCAACGACAAACUAAUCAGGCCCGUGCAUUAUCAGGAGAAGCUGCUCGAAGUUGUGUUGAAAUGGGGCUAUUGGGACGAACAAGACAGGAAAGACAACUAUCUCACGUUGGCGCCGCUGUCGAAAUAUUGGGAAUACAUAUUGGACAAACCCUACCCGGUAUCAGGAGAGAUGAGAUUUGCUGAUAGCAAAACGAGACUGUUCAAGCAACACACGUUUCAAUUUUCCCAAGGGAAAUUGACGUGCUUUAAAGAUAAAACCGGCGAGAUUAUUUUACAUUCAUGGAACAUAGAGGACAUAAUUUGGUAUCUGGGUCACGAAUCGAAGAGGAGCCCGAUGUCCAGAUGGUGUAUAACGUUUAUAAGCGUUAGUGCCCAGCACGUUAGAACCAAAAGCGCCCCCUAUUUUGGAUCGGUGCUGGUUUGGAACGACGCAGCAACGAGAGCUAACUGGCUGAGCGCAAUGUUAAAGUCCAGGUACCCGAAUAACCUCGCACCGCCUCCUAAUUUAUUGCCUAUUUGAUAAUUAAGUGAACGUCUUCCAUUGUACGUGCCUAAAAUUUUAACCUAGUGAACAUAUUUUUUUUACCGAUAUCGUAUUUAUAUAUACAAUGUAUUUUUUAAGCUGCUAUUUUACUAUCAUAUUGAUAAUCGAUUUUAUUGAAGAUACACUUUGUAAUACUUAUAUAUUUUAUUGUAAUUGCAUAUUUUUUAAUAAAAUGUUAUUUCGAA